AUGAGAGUACAGUUUGCUCUAACACUAGUCUGUAGGGUGGGCCAAUUUGGCGCUUUGCCUCGAGCGCGCAUUAUCAUUUGCGUAGAGAAUUGCACCAGUGCGCCAACUCGAUUUCUCUAUUACAUGACUAUCCAAUUCGUGCCCGGUGAUCCAAACCUGUCCCUAUAUAGUUUGGACCAGGCAGCAUGGAAAAACCACCGAAUAGUCGCCUAUGCUUCGGGAAACAACUUAAUCGUUUAUUCGCUAACAGAUAAUAAAAAGCGCAGUCUCCAAACGAUAUACUUGGACCGAGACCCAACUGCUGUUUCCAUCAAUGGUGACAAUGGGCUCAUUUGCAUAUCUCAAGGCCCGAAGGUUCUUGUUUUCAGACCUGUGAAUGAAUACAUGUCCGUACCAAAAUGGACAGAAGCGCAUAUCUUAGACGUGGAUGGAUCCCAAAUCCACUGCUUGAAGUGGGCUAUUUCUGAGGAGGAAUUGGCUGUGGGAACUGACCACAGUAUCUCGUUAUUCCAUGUGGGCUUUGAGUAUGGUGAGAUAAAAGCGAACAAGCGGUGGUCUCAAACUUUAGCAAGUCCAGUGAAUCAACUAGAUAUAACCCACGAUUCCAGUAAGAUUGUGACGUACAAUAGUGAGGAUUACGACUUUUUUGUCAAGUUGUGGAUGCGUACAAGCUAUGAUGAUGUCCAUUCUUCAUUUGAGCUCACAUAUAUGGCCCACGAUCGCGAUAAGUGGUUGUUGAGUUGUCGUUGGCGUGAAAAAGCUGUUGCUUCCAUAUCGGAAGACGAUAACAAACAAAUUCUAGCCUCGAUGGUUAAUAUUAAAAAUAUGCGCAACUACAUCCCUCAAUUCUUGACUGAAAGCAAUGAUGUCCUUUAUACCGUGACCAAUGAUCGGUUCCUUAAUGUUUGGGCUACCUAUGAUUUCAGUGGACACAGGCAUUUGAAGCAAUGGGCAAAGUUUAACUUGGUUCAAGACUUGAAGAGUCCAUUUGUUACUGCACUUAUAAUCGAAAACAAAUAUCUUCAGGCCACUUUAAUACCAUCGUUGUAUAAAAUGGACCCAAAAUCGGAUUUUGUGGAAUUUUUCUCCUCGAAAAACGUGAAGAAUUUAGACUUGCUCAUUGUUUUCGGCCAAAUGGACUCGGUAUCGUAUUCCAUCUCAAAUAUUGAGUCCAAUCCUCCCAAUAAUAUCGUUUUUGAAAAGCUAUCGACAUUUACAGAGGAAACUUUUUGUCUUCCAAAGUAUGACGAAGUCACCAUCAAUAAUAUUGGUAAGGAGUUAGAUUCAGGUGAAUACACCAAUAGUAUCUUCUCUAAUCCCAUCACUGUGGGACACCUUCUCGCGUCGCCUGAGACGAACAGUCUUACAUACUUGGUUCAUGACCGUUUGAAAUCUACUAUUAGGAUUGCUGAAGUGUCUUUUCGAACGCAUCGAGGGCUUGACCCUAGACCUCGCGUGAGACUCAAGAAUAAGUUCCAAGGCCACAUAAAAUCUAUUCAAAAGUUAAUCACCUCAUCCUCGUCUUACGAAGGCAAUAUCAUGCUUUCGGUUCUGGAUUUCCCUGAUCAUAAUUAUAUCUGGGAGCCAUUACUUCUCGUACCAGAGAAAAAGAAGGACAUGCUGAUCACAAAGCGAUUCAUUCUAAACGUUGCCCGAAAGGGUGAAGAUAACAUUCACAAUCAAGGAAUUAUCGACGCUAUUUUGAUCAAUGAUAUUUGCCCACCAACCCGUGGAUUCCGGCAUCACGUUGCAAUUGUAGUGGAGAAAGGUGGGUAUUUAAGUAUUUGGGACUGCAAUGGAACAACUAUGGACGAUAAGGAGGCGGAAUUAGUCUCGAGACUUGAUAUUUUAAAUGCCGAUAAUGAAAGAAUCACAAAGGCACCGCAAGCAUUUUGCUUAAUGGGCAACUCCACGACCCAUUACAACAUAGUUUGCAUAUUUGACGUAAACCUCAUCAAGUCUUGGAGGGUUACAAUUGAUGAUAAAACAGCGAAAAUUGCUUGUUUUUCACUCGAGGCUGAAGAACUUCCAGGAGCUUAUUCAGGAUACACUAAAAUCUCUGCUGUGGAUACCUUUCUUGAAAAGGAUUUGUCUGUUAUUGAUGAAAAGGGGCUCUUUAGAUCUAUUGGAGCAAAGAUUUGUCCUGAAACGAAUAAGGUAUCUUGGGUACAAAAAAAUGAGAUAGAUACAAGCAUAGAGAAUGCAAGCUUGAUCCAUGGUGCAUCACUUAUCCACCGUCUUGCUAUAGUGGAUGGUACAGGAUCUGAACUUACUAUCUGGGAUUCCAAGUCUGGUUUACUUGAGUAUAAGGAAACAUUUCCCCCAGAAUAUGGUCCUGUGAGAGAUAUUGAUUGGACUUUUAUUGGGGAAGCUGGAUCAACUGCGAAUGCUAUCUUGGCUGUUGGGUUUGCCCGUUUCGUCUUGUUGUAUACUCAGCUUCGGUAUGAUUACACUAACAGAAUUCCUACCUUUGCUGUUUUGAAAAAGAUUGAUAUAUCUGAAUUCUCAUCGCAUGAAAUUGGGGACCUGAUCUGGAUAGAUGGAGGGUAUCUUGUGAUAGGAAGUGGUAACCAGUUUUUUAUUGACGACAAAUGGGUCGAACUUGGUCAAAAUUCAGGAGUUUCCACCAGCAAUUCACUUGGUUCUACUAUUAGACAAUUGUUAGUUGGCUUCAAGCGGGAUGAAAACCAUUUCCUCAUAUCGGACUUGGCAAAGAUUUUGAAUGGCCCUUUACCAGUGUACCAUCCUCAAUUUUUGAUCCAGGCUCUUCUUAUGAAUGAAAUUGAAAUUGUAGAAGAAAUCUUGAUUCGGCUCUAUCAGUGUCUUAGGACUCAAGACGAACUAACAUGGAAUCUCGACAUGGAUUUGGCUGAAGCAUUGAGCAAAACAAGAAGUUCAAAAAUUAAGCGCCGUCUCUCAAAUAUCAACUCUCCUCCUAGGCAUGAGAAGUAUGAUAUUGGUCUAGGUGUUUUUGACACUUUCAGCACUACUGUGCUGGAACUCUUAAUUGAAAAGUUAACGAAAAUAUCAUUACCAUUGUUGACCAGACAUCAACAAGUCACAUUAAUGAAUGUGGUGAACAUUGUCAGCAGCAUCUCCGACUUCGAAUCAUCUGUUGAUGAGAAUGGAUUGAAGUUCUUGUGUGGGUUUAAAUUAUUUCAAGCUUCCACUAAACAAUCUAGAUUAACUAUGAGAGAUAUAAGCUGGGCAGUUCAUAGUGACCAAAAGGAAUUGCUUUUCAGCCAUGUCGAUGAUUACUAUCAUCAUCGUUUAACAUGGGAGAAGGUAAAGAAAGUUGGAAUUAUUUUCUGGAUUGACAAGCACCGUUUGACAAACCUCAUGGAAACAAUCGCUAGAAAUGAAUUCGGAGAUUCUAGGGAUCCUUCGGGACUUAUCUCUCUUUUCUACCUUGCAAUAAAGAAAAAGCAAGUUUUAUUGGGCCUCUGGAAAACAGCUUCUCAUCCAGAGAGAGAAAAGGUUCUUAAGUUCAUGAGCAAUAAUUUUAUGGAGGAUAGGUGGAGGACAGCGGCCCUGAAAAAUGCAUUUGUACUUUUGGGUAAGCACCGCUACAUGGACGCAUCUUACUUCUUCUUAUUAGCUGGUAAAGUGAAAGACUGCUGUAUCACAUUGUGCAGCAAAUUAGACGAUGUGGAACUAGCAUUGGCUGUCGCAAAAGUCAAUGGUGAUCAUGAAUCCGUUAUGCAUAUCAUCGAAAAUUUCGUGCUUCCAAAGGCUUUGUCCAAAGGAGAUAGAUGGAUGACAAGUUGGGCCUUCUGGGAAAUGAAACUAAAGGAAGUCUCGAUUCAAGCAUUAAUCAAAUCUCCGCAUCUCGUUGUUCAGCAAAACGUCGAGAAAUUUUCUGACAAUUUUAAAAGGAAUCUUAGGCUCAUUGAUUUCAAGCCUGAUGCAAAUUCUUUCCUACGAGAUGAUCCCCUGUUGGCAGUUUUGUUUCGUAAACUCAGAGCAUCGAAAUUCAAUUAUCUCAAGGGCUCCCUUGCAGUUAGUCCUUCCGAAGAGUUUGAUUUUGUUUUGAAAGUUUCUCAAAUCUAUUCUAAAAUGGGGUGCGACUAUUUGGCGAUUUCACUUUUGAGGACUUGGACCUUUAUUGACUAUGGUGUUACAGAGGAUAUGAAAAAGAAGGCAGACGAGAAAGACUUAUUCCUGGAAUUUUCAGCCGCUCCCACUCAGAAAAUUGAAGCAGCUUCAACCGCCUUUGAGGAACCUGAUAUGAGUGCUUUCAGUUUUGGUUUUUAG